AUGUAUAGAUAUGGUGUUGAAUGUCUAUUUCGAUUUUAUACAUAUGGUAUAGAAAAACAUUUUCGUCAACAUGUAUUUGAAGAUUUUCAACAAGAAACUCUUUGUGAUCAUGAAGCUGAAAAAUUUAGUGUUUUAGGAAGAAUUGAUAUUGGUUUAGGUAUUGGUGGUGGUGUGAUUAAUUCUAUACUUUAUAAUGUUGAUGAUGGUCAUCGAGAUGUUAUUUUUGAUCAUUUUCAAGGUGUUAAACUAGAUGUUAUUGAAGAAGGAACUCAUUUUAUGAUUUCAUGGCUUCAUAGACCAAUUAUAUUUGAUAUUUGUACACAUCCACGAUCUGUUCCAUCAAUAACAGAAAUAAUAGAUUAUGAAGAACGUGUUUUACUAUCGAUUAUUAAUGAGUCUCAAUUUGAUGCUAUUGAAUUGAUUACACAACAUACACUUAUUUCUCAACGUGUUAGUGAAUUAUUAACAGAACGUGCUGCUCAAUUUGGUUUAUUACUUGAUGAUAUUUCAAUUACACAUUUAAGUUUUAGACCUGAAUUUACAAGUGCUGUUGAAUUAAAACAAGUUGCACAACAAGAUGUUGAAAAACAACGAUUUUUAACUGAACAAAGUCGUCAAGCAAAUGUUAUUGCAGCACAGGGUGAUACUCGUGCAGCUGAUUUGAUUGGCAAAGCUUUAGAUGAAGUUGGUGAUGGUUUGAUCGAACUUCGACGAAUUGAAGCCGCUGAAGGUACUGCAAAUCAAUUAUCAAAAUCAAGAAAUAGCGUCUAUUUACCACAUGGUCCUCAAAUUUUACUUAACAUUACUGAAAUUUUUACCUAUCGACGUGAAAAAAUUGAUGUAAGAGGUGAAUGUUUAAAACUUGUACCAGCUGAAAAUAUACAACAAAAUACUGUUGAAAUAAUUAAACAAGAAAUAAACAGCAAUCAAAAUUAUACAAAUGCUCGAUUUCGUGCACCACUUGCCAAUUAUUUACUACAUUUGGUUUCACCUCAAGUAGCUACAGCUCAUUUUCAACUUGUUUUACCAUGUGAUCAUCGUUUUGGUUCAAUUCUUCUUGAAAAUUCAUAUUAUGGUUUAAGAAAACCACCAGAUCAAUCUCGUUCAUCAUUGUUGUAUGUUACUGAUUUAUAUAUUAUGGGUAAAGCACGUGUUUUAGAAACAUUUGUAUUAUUUCAUUAG